UCGGCGGCGGGGCGGCCCUCGGCGCUCGGCGGCGGCCACGGAGCUGCCGGCCUGGCGGCUGCGCUGCGAAGGUGGGCGGCAGCGCUGGCGCUACCUGGGGGAUGGCGAUGGCGAUGGCGAUGUCGGAGAGCCGCGGGCGCAGACGGCGCUGGAGCAGCACAGCCUCGGGCUGGACACGGGCGCGGCGCUGCGGGCGCUGCCGGCGGCCGACUCGGCCCGGGAGGCGGCCCGCAAGGGGAUGCGGUUCUACGCGGCCCUGCAGGCCGAGGAUGGGCACUGGGCGGGCGACUACGGCGGGCCGCUGUUCCUGCUGCCAGGUCUCCUCAUCACCUGCCACACGGCCAAAAUCCAGCUGCCGGAGGGGUUCCGGAAGGAGAUGAUACGUUACCUGCGCUCUGUGCAGCUCCCGGACGGAGGCUGGGGCUUGCAUGUGGAAGACAAAUCAACGGUGUUUGGCACAGCACUCAACUACGUAGCGCUGAGGAUCUUGGGGCUCGGACCGGAUGACCCUGACAUCGUGCGGGCCCGUGUCAACCUGCACAGCAAAGGAGGUGCUGUGGGAAUCCCUUCCUGGGGCAAGUUCUGGCUGGCUGUCUUGAACGUUUACAGCUGGGAGGGAAUGAACACGCUUCUCCCAGAGAUGUGGCUGCUUCCCACGUGGUUCCCAGCCCACCCAUCCCGGCUCUGGUGUCACUGCCGCCAGGUUUACCUUCCCAUGAGCUACUGUUACGCCAAGCGUUUGUCAGCAGAAGAGGAUGAGCUCAUACGGAGCCUGCGGCAGGAGCUGUACGUGCAGGACUAUGCCAGCAUAGACUGGCCAGCGCAGAGGAACAACGUGGCUGCCUGUGACGUGUACACCCCGCACAGCUGGCUGCUGGGCGCUGCCUAUGCCAUCAUGAACAUGUAUGAAGCCCACCACAGCACUCACCUGCGGCAGCGAGCCAUCACAGAGCUCUACGACCACAUCAAAGCUGAUGAUAGAUUCACCAAGUGCAUCAGCAUCGGGCCAAUUUCCAAGACGAUCAACAUGCUAGUUCGCUGGUUUGUGGAUGGGAAGAACUCCCCAGCUUUUCAGGAGCAUGUUUCCAGGAUCCCGGACUAUCUCUGGCUGGGCCUUGACGGCAUGAAGAUGCAGGGCACAAAUGGAUCCCAGCUCUGGGAUACUGCCUUUGCCAUCCAAGCCUUCUUGGAGGCAGAAGCUCAGGAGAUGCCUGAAUUCACAUCCUGCCUCCAGAACGCCCAUGAGUUCCUCAGGUUCUCCCAGAUCCCGGAGAACCCACCUGACUACCAGAAAUACUAUCGCCAUAUGAACAAGGGUGGCUUCCCCUUCAGCACGCGGGACUGUGGCUGGAUUGUGGCAGACUGCACAGCAGAGGGGCUGAAGGCGGUCAUGCUGCUGCAGGAGAAGUGUCCCUUCAUAGCUAAUCUCGUGCCCCCCGAGCGCCUCUUUGAUGCUGUGAAUGUGUUGCUGAGCAUGAGGAACUCGGAUGGAGGCUUUGCCACGUAUGAAACCAAGCGAGGAGGCCACUUACUGGAGAUGCUGAACCCCUCGGAGGUGUUUGGUGACAUCAUGAUCGACUACACGUACGUGGAGUGCACGUCGGCUGUCAUGCAGGCACUGAGACACUUCCAGAGCGAGUUCCCUGAGCACCGAGCCCUGGAGAUCAGGGAGACUCUGCAGAAGGGCCUGGAUUUCUGUCGCAAGAAGCAGCGAGCGGAUGGGUCCUGGGAAGGGAGCUGGGGGGUUUGCUUCACCUACGGCACCUGGUUCGGUCUGGAGGCGUUUGCCUGCAUGCAACACACAUACCGUGAUGGGGCUGCGUGCCGAGAGGUGGCCCAGGCCUGCCAGUUCCUCCUCUCCAAGCAGAUGGCAGAUGGCGGGUGGGGAGAGGAUUUUGAGUCCUGCGAGCAGCGCACGUAUGUUCAGAGUGCUGAAUCACAGAUCCACAACACCUGCUGGGCCCUGCUGGGGCUCAUGGCUGUCAGGUACCCUGACAUCGACGUGCUGGAAAGAGGCAUUAAAGUGUUGAUUGAUAAGCAGCUGCCCAAUGGGGACUGGCCUCAGGAGAACAUUGCCGGGGUGUUCAACAAGUCGUGUGCCAUCAGUUACACUGCGUACCGCAACGUCUUCCCCAUCUGGGCGCUGGGCCGGUUCUGCCGCCUGCACCCCGACAGCCCCCUGGCUGGGCAGCUGCGAGCUGGGCUGGGGCCCUGGGGAGGGGCAGGGCAGGCUGUGCAGGAAACCAUGUCUGCCUGAACCUGGGCCACUGGGGCUGCCAGGGCCUUGGACUUGGCUUGGGUACCGGCGGCUGUGUGGGACCACGGGGGUGUGUGCUGCGUGGGACGUCUCAAUGCUGACCUUAGCAUG